GGGGCUUGAGGGGCCGGGCAGGGCUUGAGGGGCCGAGCAAGGCUGAGGGCGUGAGGGCUGGGCAUGGCUGAAGCCGUGAGGGGACCGGGUAGGGGUGAGGCUGUGAAGGGGCCGGGCAGGACCAGGCAGGGCUGAAGCCGUGAGGAGGCCGGGCCAGGAUGGGCAGGGAGCGGCUGAGGCUGUGAGGGGCCGGUCGCUGCUCCUGCGCCGUUGUGGCGCUGUCCCCGCUGCUCGUUUUGUCGCGCUGUGUCGCAGCGAGGUGGCAGCAGCUCACCCGGAGCAGCUCAUUCAGAACAGCUCAUCCUGCUGCUCUUAUCCAAACAAGGCUCCGUCCCCUGGGCUCUGCCGCCGCCUCCCUCCCGAGACCCGGCUGCUUUGGUGUCACUGCUGCCAACUGGCAUCAGUCUUUAAUGAAUUAAGGGUUCUCUAAGAUUAGACACGGGGGUUUAUUUUUUCUCCUUUGAGCUCGCGGUGUGUGGAGGCUGGCUCUGAGUGCAGAAGGCUGUGGAAAUUGCCGGUGAAAGACCCUUUUUAUUCUUCACCAAGGUUGGCUCCAGGCAUCAGAGGAAGGAGAACACGGUGUUAUUUUGGCUGAAGUGCUCAGCUUCAAGACUUCACUUUGCUCCUCACAGCUUGGAGGGAUAUGAAGCCAAUUGGAAAAGUAAUUUGUGCUACAGGGGUUGUAGCUGGGCUCAUAGCUUUCUUCUGGAAAGACGACUUUAACCCAGAGAGCCUGUCUGGUGCCCGUGUUCUCGUGACUGGAGCCAGUGCUGGGAUUGGAGAGCAGAUAGCAUAUCACUAUGCCAGAUUUGGUGCUGAAAUUGUGUUGACUGCCAGAAGGGAAGCUGUUCUGCAGAAGGUGAUGGAGAAAUGCCUGACACUUGGAGCAAAGAAAAUAUUUUAUAUCCCUGCAGAUAUGUCUUCCCCUUCAGAGCCUGAAAAGGUCAUUCAGUUUGCUGUCCAAAAGCUGGGGGGCCUGGAUUACCUCGUGUUGAACCACAUCGGCACAAAUCGUUUCCAGGAGUGGACGGGGGAUGUGGAUUACACCCGCUGGCUCCUGCAGGUGAAUUUUUUGAGUUAUGUGGCUCUUGCAACAGCAGCUCUUCCCACCCUGGAGAAGAACAGAGGUGCUCUGGUCGUUGUUUCUUCCCUCACAGGGAGAAUGCCCACUCCCUUCACCACUUCUUACUCUGCCACCAAGUUUGCACUGGAUGGAUUCUUCAGCUCACUACGCCACGAGCUCAUAAUGCAGAAGAGAGAUGUGUCUGUCACACUGUGCAUCCUGGGCCUGAUUGAUACUGAUUCAGCACUGGAGUACACCAGGGGCAAAGUGCACAUCAGUGCCUCCCCUGCUCCCGAGGCCGCGCUCGCCAUCGUCCGGGGCGGAGCCGCUCGGGCGCACGAGGUUUUCUACCCGCGGUGGCUGCAGCAGCUCUGCUGCCUCUGGGCUCUGUUCCCCAGCAGCGGGAACCACGUGCUUCGGACUUUCUAUAACUACAGCAGUCCCUAGGGAUGCCCAGGAUCCUCAUCCUGUAUCCCUUCUACUCACACUCCUGCAUCCCACUGAGCAUCCUGCUCAAACACUGGUGUCACAGGAACAGGGCAGCAGUGGUGGCAAAGUCUCCUUUUCCUAAUGUGACUCGUGCUCUCUCAUCCUGCUUCAGCCAUGGCUCUGCUGCUGCUACCCAUCAGUCAGAGAUCCUUCCCCCUGUUCACUCUGCCUCCCAUCUCCCCUCCUCCUUCAGCCUCACCUGUCUGCUCUGACUGCACCCAGCCUUUUCUCAGCCCCAGCAGCUUUAACCCCUGUCUGUCUGCACAGGAUCUCCUGGAAUGUCCAUACAUUCCAGGGACAUCCUCCUCCACUACUUCAGUUUAGAUUCCACUAAUCCUCUUGC